GCGGCCCCGAUCUUGUAGAAGAUAACGCUUUUUUAACUGACUUGCCAAAUGCGUGCCGAGACAGCAUGAACAGCACCUUCUCCUACACGCACUACACGGAAGGGUACUAGAGGAAAGCAAUACAUUUCCUGUCUAAUUACAAGCAAGGGGUCCGCAGCGUCGGCCUUCUGUUAGGCUCAGCUAGAUGAACUCUGCGUGGAUCGCACACUACUGUGCGCCGAGCCAGGAUCAACACGGGAUCGUUGAGGCUGGCGGAUAAAUUAAGACGGUGAAAAUGGACGGGUACAGACGAAAACGUGAAUGUUGGAUUUUUUAGAGAUCCAGGGCAUCGUAAUAGCUCAUGGUUGAGUACAAGCAGCAUUCAGGCGGGUUUCGUUCAUUUCACGCCUGACUCUUUUUAAGACGCCUCGUCAAGCGCUAGCAAACCCUUCGGAAUUUGCAUGCACAGCCUGCAGUGAUUGUCGUCAGUUCAUUUAACUCAUUUUCCUUGCAUCUUCCUUUGCAGAUCUUAAAGAACGUUGCGGAAAAUGGAGGAUGGCUGCCGACAAGCAGUAAGGACCCCCUGAAACAGUUUCCCAUCUGCUGCUUUGACGGUUCCAACACUGAACCGUCUCGCCCGUCAGUCAGGCUCCCUCUGUUGUUCACUAUUCCGCCAUUUCAUUCCCCGCUGGAAUGAGCACCCACGAAAACUUGUUCGUCGGGGAGGAUCCCGAGGGACUUCAAUACCCAACUGCCUGGAAGACACAAUCGGAAGCCGCCAGAAGAGAAAACGGCAACGCAAGCAGCAGUGAGGCGACAGUCGCUGCAUACUCAGCAAAUAUAUCCGGUUCUGAAAGUUCCCGCAAUCUCCACUCGUCUCUCGGAGUUUCGCGCUCCGCAUCGGCUGACUCAAGCGAUGGGAAUUACGGUCCCAAUUUGCGGAUCCUUGUCCUGAACGCGUACCUUGUGCCGCCGUCGAUAUCAUGGAAUCCCUAUCUGUGGGCUCCCUUCUGGUCGUGCAAACGACCCUUUCAGCGCGCAGAAGACAUCGGCCGCCUUGCCGCGCAGUAUGACAUUGCCUGUCUCCAGGAAGUCUGGGGGACGAAUAUGGCAGCUAUGAAUGCGCACGUCCUUCCGACCCACAGUAUUCUUCCACAGACUCAGUCGGGAAGCAGGUUUCCCUGUGUUGGCGAAAUUGUUGAUCCACUGCAGUUCUACUGGAGAAAGACCGGAGGCCUUUGGUUUGCCUGGCGUCGAAGAAAGUGUGCGUUUAUAAGCAUGGCUAGUCAUUAUUUUCCCUUUGGCAGUCAAAUGCCUCUCUCCAACCAAAACGUGACGGCUGUCGAGCUCGAUGUCAGUCCUGUGUUCCCGAAACACCGGCUUAUAGUCUUGAAUACACACUUCUCGAUCCUCGGCGUCGAGUCCCGACGAGUCAACCUUGAGUCUGUACGAAAAUUCAUCAAAGAGCUUGCGUGGAAAGCUUAUCUAUUGUUUCUCGGACGGCAGUAUGAUGCCGGGAUAAACGCAAUGGAAAACCUCUCGGAUCUUGACGUCGCUCCUUCCUUUCUACCAGACGUCUCCAUGCUUCUAUGCGGAGAUUUUAACAUUGAUCCUGAUAGAUCGCCCCGGCAAUAUCUACGCCUGAGGACCCUAGACGGAGACGUUGUCAUGCGAGAUCUCUUCCUCCCAGAGCAUAACCCAAAUCAUGCAUACCAGUACACGUACUAUACUCAAGAAACUCUUACCGAAAAAAAGAAGAAGCACUCAGUAUUACGGAAGGGGAACUCCCUAUACCCGUGGCCCUUUAAAGGGCGUGUGGACUACAUGUUUGCGGUAGAUGAAGUCCGGCUGUCAUCUCAGGAGGUUUUGGAUCUCGUUGAAAACUUCCCUCCCGAAGUUGUUGUUGGUGACGAUUACGAGGAGAUGGAUAUCCCAAUUCUCAAAGAUGGGGCGUUGGUCAUUUCGUUCGAACAAAUAUACUGUCUAGGAAUGGACAUCGUUGCGCAGCGGCAAGAUUUCGAGUUAUCUGACCACUGGCCUCUGAGUGCACGUAUCACAAUAGGAGCUCCAAGUAUAGACGCGAAGUCUCUUCCAAAGCCGCGCAAAUGGCAACUGCUUCGAGGGGAUUCCUUUUGCGUUGAUAGCUCAUAUUCAGGGGCGAGUAGGUACGACAGCAAAACUCUAACAACAGAUCGCAACGUUGCAGAUCAUUCGAAGCAACGGCGCUUGACAGUUCUUAGAGACUCAAAAUUUGGUCCAGCAGACCGGGCUCGCUUUGCACAGGAAUUCGGCUAUAAAGGACGCCUUACGGUUCGUAGGCAGCGCCCGGCUCAUGCCCGUGGACAGGUUGCCGCCACAGCACCAUCUGACAUGAUGGCGGAAGAAACCAUUGAAUCGGAUGAAGAGGAAAAGCUGAGAUGGAAAAUUGGGGAUCAAGACGUUCAGUGUGGCGCGCUUGUCGACGCGGAGGGCACACAGACAGAAGAGGCGCCAGGGAGUCCGCUGUUUGAUGAACGCGAAAUUUCUCCCGCUGGGGAGCCCAAAGCCACAUCAGGGGCGUCCGACCAACGCUCACGGGUGCCUCUCGCCAUGAAGCGUGCCCUUGAAGUGCAGGAGGCACGUCGCAAGGCAGCAGGACAGAAAACAAGGAAAUAAUUCCUCAGGCCAUGGGCAUCCUAUUUCCGUCUUUUGCGUUGCUCCGGGGCGCAGGGAAAUUGUGUCCAUCGCAAGAUUUUACCGUCUGAGUUUUCGAAUUCUGCUAGCGUGCUCGCGGGGAGUCAGUGGAUGAAACUUAACAUUCUUUUUGAUUAUUGGGUAAAAUCCUCACAGGGAAGCUAGGGGAACUCUACACUCGAGGUUUCUGGUCCAUGCUGUACCAUGCAUUUCGGCUGUGGUUUCGUAUCCCGUUCUUCUCCGUACCAGCAUACAUCCUGACUGGGGUUGGCUGUACCUUGUGGGGAACUUGCAGGUUGUGCGGGGGUACGAGGGAGAAGAAACACGAACCGGAAAUGUAUGCAACCUACUCAAAAGCUCGCUCCGACUCAGUUGCUCAUGCCAGUUCGAAGUGGCGAGAGGAUAUCCAAUCAAGAAACGACUUCGUCCAAAGUAAGAUCGAGAUGGUGGUGGAAGACUGUGUCGUUGUGCAAGUUCCUUACUACAUGGAAGUAGAUGAACCCCCAAACGUUUACCGUCACUGGGAAAAGACACUGUUGCUGUUCUGGUAGUUCUCAAUUCGUCCUACCCUCAGCCUCAAUGGGUUCCAUUUCUUCCUCAUCGAGUGUGUUAGGGCACGCUCCGACACGUCGCUUACCGGAAGAUACAGCUGGAAAACCAGCAACCCGGCAUUCGUAAACGCUCCAGUGAACCGGAUGAAAUAACCUUUGAAAAGUUCAACGACGCACCGCCGACGGCAAAAUCAGAGAGAUCCUGCAACCAGCUGUCGC